UAAAGGGGCAUUAUGGAAGUUUGACAGCCAAAACAUGUAUAGAAUUAAUAAAAUUCUUCUUCAUACAUUCUCCUGCAAUGCCCUGGUCCUGUAGAACGAGCCCUGGCAUUUUUACUGUGAUUGCCUGUUUUUCUGUAAAAUCACAGAAAAAGAGAGAUGCUCGGGUCGAGCAGGCUGCUUCAUGCGCGUUCACGCUCAGGCAUCGCCCGUAGCAUUUGCUAUCCGUAGCUUUAGCAGCAGAGAGAGAGGCAGUGCCACUUUGUCGCUGUUCCUAACGCCUAGUGACAAAGCUAGCUACAUUUCUGAGGACCCUUAGCUACUUUCUGUAGAACUUUCUUCUAGAUAUUUCCUGCAAAUAAGCAACAAAAUAGCCAUUUUCACUCCGAACCGUUCUUUGAACGUUGUUUCAGCUGUCAUCAAGGAUAUAAAUGUUACAGAUACAAAUUAUGUCACUUGUGCCAUAGCUCCCCUAGUACGACGUUGAACUCUCAUGCAGAAGACCUGGGUUUGAUUCUGGAUGUGAACAUAGUUUAUUUAGAGGUUUUUCUUUUUUACAUUAAUGGUAUAUUUUUUACAGUAAGAUGCCCAAAUUUUUAUUUGAGACUCGCCGAACGGCAUUGAAUUCACAGAUAAAAAAGAUGUGGGUUCAACUUUCAUUUUGGAACAAUUUUUCAAGCAAGGGAAGGGAAUGAUCUGAGCAUGCAGGAGGACUGACCCAUCAUAAACCUUUGUCGGCUGUGCUGAAGAGAAAGGUACAGAACCAAAUUAUUUAAUUAAUUAGCUGUGUGUUCUCCUGUCCUCUGUCCUCCGGGCCACACACACACACACACACAGGACUGUCUCAGCUGUUAUUUUCGUUAAGGAGUGUGCACGUACAGCAUGCGCGCCUCGUGCACAAGCCUACUAUUGAAGCUGCCAUUACGCUUUUGGCCUGAGGGGGCAAUCGCGAGCAUAAAAAUUCAAAACUGUAAAGUCCCUGUUUUUUUAAAUAGUGUCUUUUUUUUCUAUACACAACUGUUGUAUUGUGACUUUUAAACGUUAAGGCAAAAAAAAAGCAGAUGAAGUAAUUUCAGCUAAUUCUGGUACCAAAAUUAUGCCAAGCUUUGUCUUUAUAUCUGAUAAAACUCUCAGCCAGCUCAUGUAAUCUUAAUGUGAAUCUGCUGCAGGAACUCCUGGAAAUAAUAGGAAUAACUUGUUCCCGAAGACCGCAAAAAUCUGUCAGAUCUAAAUUAUUUUGGUCAGUGUUAAAGAGCCACAGCUUGUAGAACCCUGUCUGAAUCCAAUGAUGUCCAGAAACCAUCAGUGGCUUGGUUCUAGGUGGGACUGUGAUGAUGUAGAUGUUCCCAGAGCACCAAACUAUUAAGAACAUUAAAGAAAACCAACAUUACCAAAUUUGAUCUAUAAAGGCCAUGAGAAUAUUCGUCAUGUGGAGAUAAACAGAUUUAAAAGGACUUUGGGUGUAUGGUCCAAAGCAACAGCGAGUGUGGAAAAGGGGUGAAGAAGCAGGUUGGAAUGAGAAAAGUCUCAGCUUAUCGUGAUCAAAUUGAGCAAGAAAGAAAGAAAAGGUGUAGAAGACAGUGAGACCAGCCAUGUCUGGUUUAGAGACUGUCUAUGAGGAAAAGACAGAUGGAGACAGAAGUGGAUGUUGCCAAGCUCAAGAGGUUGAGGUUCUCUUUGGGAGUGAGAAGAAUGGAGAGGAUCAGGAAUGAGUCCAUCAGAGGGUCAGCUGAAUGAUAGAUGUUCUGUAAAUAAAGUUGGAGAGGUCCAAAGGAGAGACAGGGGUUACAUUAGUAGAAGCAUGCUGAGGUUGGAGAGGAAUAACAAAAGGAGAUCCAUGGAUGUGGCGAAAGAGGCCAUGUGAGGAUGGAGGAUGCAGAAGACAGGACUAAAUGGAGGCAGAUGAUUGGCCGUGGUGACUCCUAAAGAGAAAGAUGACUGAAAAUACUUCGAUAAAGAACUAAAACUAUCCUUUUGUUUUGUAAAUAUAAAUAUGACUGAUGUGCAUGGCAUUUCUUAGUUAGUAACUAGAAACCAACUGCUGAAGGUCCACUUGUGGCUGGACCACAAAGAAAAAGUGGAUUUUAUUUGUGUCUGAGAAUUAAAUUAUCUGAUGGAAACAUAAAGAAUAUUAUUUAAAAAUAACUGCAAAUCGGUUUAUUUGCCCAACGAACUAAUAAUUGAGUUUAGAGAAUGAAGACAAGAAAAAGUUUUAUUUUGAAAUCGGUCAAUUUUUGCUGCCGUGUUCCUGAGUGGCCACCAGAUGGCGCUGCAGCUAAAGUUAGUGGCCACUUUACUUCGUCGAUAAACUUGGAAGAUGAGAAGUUAAAAAAAAACUAAAGCACGCUUUAACUUAAGAGUUUAACUAAUAUAUGAAAACUAAAAAUGUGUAAAAUAAAUAACGAGUAACCGAUCCUUGGACUAAAUCACGUGAUACCCAAGAGGGAAGUGAUUAUUUCGGACAUGCAGAAGCUCUGGUGGCCUGGCUAUGGGGUGCAGCUUCUCAGGGAGCUGCAGAGACAACAGAACUGCUCCCUGUUCUGUGACACGCUGCUGCAAGCCGAGGGUAUCUCAGUCCCGACCCACAGCUGUGUCCUCGCAGCUCUCAGCCCUCACUUGUCCCAGAAGCUGUCUGCAUCUCCGUCUCCUCCACGUGGUCAGAAACGCUGCCUCCAGCUGCAGACGGUGACGGCUCAGACGUUGCUGAAACUCGUCGGCCUCUUGUACUCCGGGGAGCUGGAGGUCAGAGGGAUCAAGGAGCAGAAUGAAGUUCUGGCAGCAGCCCACCAGUUUGGAAUUGGAGACCUUGUACUGGGAUGUAAAAACGGAAACGCGACAGGUGGGAAUUGCGUUGUGACUGGAUUUCACACAGAACAGACCAGAAUUAGGCACAGAAACCUCAAAAUGAGGGAUGCACAAGUUCAGAACCAUCCUUCUGCUAAGGAGGGAAGUUUAGUGUCUGUUAGCACACGCACCGUAGAAGCCGGUGGGACGACAGCGCUGAGCCCUGAGCAGUCACCUCCUGUGGCAACGCCUCUUCAACCUCAAAUCCUCCAGCUCAGCAAAGAGCUCCGCUUCACUCCUCAUCCAACCAUCCACAGUGGUGAUGACCAGACAGUCCAACAGCCCUCCGACAGCGUUCCAAACCUCACAUCCUCUUCCACUUCAUCCGCUUCCCUGGAGGGUGAGCGCAGCCCCCUGAGAUCUCAGGAAGAAAACGCUUCCCAACAAUUAUCUGAGCCUGGGGACCGCGUUGCCAAUGAAAGACGGGGAGAUGGGAGAGGAAACGACAAAUUGACUGAGGGUGGAAGAAGUACGGAGCAACUGGGACAAGUCAACGGAGACGAGACUGCAAACAAAACUGAAAACUCAGGGAGUUUAUGUGAUGAAUGCGAAAUCCCGAAGGAAAACAGUAGGAAUAACGCACCGAUUUAUGUCAAGGUGAAGCUAAGGCGGACUAAAGAGGAAGCGUGGGAGGUCGUGAACUCGCAGCACAGAGAGGCGUCGGGUCUAACCGCUGCCAAACAGAAAAAACCACAAACAGACCUCAGUGACCUCCAGAACCCUGCACCCCCAGGAUUGAUGCUUCAGAACCUGGAGACUCCAGAUCUCCAUCCUGAAGCUCCUGAAGCACCAGGACCCUCCAGCACCAGCUCGGACUCAGACCCGCACUCCAGCGCAACCCUGAACCAGAGCCUCCAGUCUCAGGGUCCGGGGGAGGAGUCUCAGGAGGACAUGAAUUGGAUUUUGGAGGACAUCAUGAUGGCCCUGAAUAUUCUGCCUAAGGCACAGGCGAGCCAUGAUGGAGUGCUAAGUUCCAACCAGAUCACGGAUAACGGUACCGAGUCGCCCCACAUGCAAGAUCUGGUUCCUGAAGCGGGGUGUGUCUUCUACCAGGACUCAUCAGCUGACGCAGUGGUCCAUUACUGUAUCGGAGCUCAGAACCAGAACCAGCCAAGCUGCACCGGUCUGUCAGCUCGGUCUGAUCUACCAACGCAGCAGCAAAGCUCUGAGUUCAACUCGCCCGGUACUUUAACAGAUACGAGUCACGGAACAACCUUCCAGGGGAGCCAAUCUUCUCCGUAUCCUCAACCAGGAUAUGCUCUGACCUCGGAUCCCCCUGGACUUCAGCAGCUGUCCUCCCAGAACAGUCAGAACAUUCUGGGUUCAUUAGCUCAUGAAGCAGAGGCACAGUCCAGCCGGACUUCUCUGUCCUGCCUGAGGGACCUGAGGAUUCCUCAGCCUCUCUCUCCACUAGAGCCUCGUAGUCCUGAUGCCCAGCAGCGUCCCAGCAGGUCUCACAACCCUGAAAAUGAUGUCCGACCAGCUCUUCCUCAGCAACCCUGGCUCACCGAACCCCCCCGCUUAUUGCAGCUCCCGAUUAGCGUUCUGUCGGAUAAUAAAACCGGUCCUGUACCCCGCCGUGGAACCAGCAGCUGUGGCUCAGAGCUGCUGGACUGGAAACCAGAAAGCUGGGACUCUUGUGCAGAGUCGUCCACUGUGGGCGUUGUGGAGGACAGGUGGACAGAAUCCGAUCCAGGAGGUGGAUCUGCCCCGCAGAAGAGACAAAGACAAAGACGGAGUGAUGCUGCGGAAGGCUCUGAGAUACCUAGGAAGAGAAUUAGAAAGAGGAAGAAUCUUCAGCAAGCCUCUGAGGAUCUGGGGGCGGCGAUCAAAAAGCUGAAAGUCUGUGAAGGAGCAACUGCGGUCUCCCCAGUGAGGUCAUCAUGCAGCGGCGUUCCGGUGGAGGAAAGUCAAGCGGCUUCCAAAUCUUCCGACAAGCCGCGCACGUGUCCAAGAACAAAAAUGGUCCCGGCGUGUGCGCAGGGGGAGCCCAGAGAGGUGGAGAGUCUCCGCGCUGAGCAGACUCGGAUCCGGACCAGGAGCUUUGUGAAGAUGAUCCAAGAGAAUAUAAGCGACAAAAUCCAGGAGAACUGUGUUUUAGUACCUGUGGUCUGCAGGGCUGUCAUCAGAAAGGAGGAGACCGUCACGCUCCUGAAGAGAGGACGUGGAAGGCCGCGUAAGAUAAGGCCCGUGGAGACGCCUUCAAACCGUGUUCCUGAGGAACCCGAGAGCAUGAGCAGGGACAAAGUCCACGAGCAGCAAGCUGACGAGGAGUCAUCAAAGGUGGAGGAGGAUGGAGAAAGAAAGAAGAGAGGCAGAAAACCAAGGAACCAUGCAAAGAACGCAGGAGCGGCUCAUCCAAGGGAAGCGGGAAGUGCUGAGGGCUUGGAAAAGGCUGGAGAAGAGACACCCAGACAGUCAUUGAUGGCCACUCUGAAGACGUUUCAAUGCCUCAUCAAACAGCAGCACUCAAUGACAGUUAAGUCCACAGAAAUUCAGGAAACAGACAAAUUCAUGAGAGAAGUCGAGAAAAGGGAGGAUGGGUCGGAUAAGGAUGUAGAGAUGGAAGAUCGGGAUCUUCCUGAUGGGACUGUUGAUGAAAACCACAACCAGUCUGUCGUCACAUCAGCCGCUACUGAUGCCAACAAACUGCAUCAGGAUGUCCCGAGGGAUCCAGGCCCCGCAGCUUCUGAUGGUGUCCAGGAGGACGAUGGAGUCCAGGUGUCACCUGACAGGGAGCAGCUGCUUCAAAACCCAGUGGAAGGAGGAUCAGACGCCCUGCAGGUUCUGAUCAAGGACAAAGGUACAACUUGCGCUGAUACUAGCUCACCUGAAGCAGCCAUUAAAGCCCACGACUGUAAUGGUCAGAAAACAGGAACGCCUUCGCCAAAAGGUGAUGUGACAGGCGUGACCGCAGGCUCUGAUCUAGAUGAUGAAGAGGACGAGGAGGAUGUUGACGUCCUGGUUUACUCCCCAGAACACGACUGUCUGACCCGAGCCUUUGAAGGUGAACUCUGCAACGCGUCCAUGACUCCAGACAACAGGGAGGAGGAGGAGGACAGCAACGAGAUCGACGUGACUGGAGUCGACACAGAGUGAUGUUCACUCUCGUGCAUCAGUUUUAUACUUAGUUCAGCACUUUUAUUAGUCUGUUUUUUUAUUGUUUUGGCCCAGUCAGAAUCAUUCAACCCAAUUUUGUUAAAAAAACACACAAAAUAUUUCAUUUGAAUUAAGAGGCAAAAAGAAAAUUCUCACUGUUUUCCUUUGAAGAUUUCAUCCUAAGUUCAAAGCACCAAUGAGUCGUUGGGGAGCUCUUACAGAAAGGAUCAGUUCUUUGUUAAUCGUGUUUAUUUGUAAAAUACACGACAUUAAAACAGUUUUUCGUG